GUUUUGGUUUGCAUUCAAUUGAUUCAAACAACUGAUUGUCAGGUGUGUUGAGUGCAAUGUCUUCGCGAUGGUAUCCGCGGUAUGUGUUGGGUAACCCUCAGCUGCGGGUCUUUUUGCCGGACUUUUGGAUGGUUUUGCAGAAACCCAAACACCCGUUACCACCGAAUCAGAUCCAACUCAAAGUUCCCGUUUAUAUGACCAAAUGGGACGUCAAGAACUAUUUGGAAAACAUCUACAAAAUGCCGGUUAUCAAUGUGACAACUCGUGUCCGUUGCGGUGAUAUUAAGAGAGCCAAAGGAAAGAUAUAUCUCAUCAAAGAGGAGGACUAUAAGACAGCAUUCGUUGAUUUGCCGAAAGACACGACUUUUCAAUUCCCGGAUCUCUUUCCCAAAGACAGAGUGAAUCAGUUGUCAAAGGAUUUGUCGGACGCCGAGAAAGAGGUAGAGUUCGGACGAUUGAGGGAAAGGCGUAAAUAUUACAAGAAUAUGAGAGAUAAUGUUCCCGAUUGGUUCCAACUAUAAGACACUAUAAGACACCAUCACUUCGUUUAGUUUUAGAGAC